AUGGAAACUGGAAACGAUGCUUCGAAGCUUCAGAUCAGAGACGAAGAGCUAUUCCGAGCGGCGGAAUCUGGUGAUGCUUCGUUGUUCAUUUCUUUAUCUCCUCAACAGCUUCCAAAAACUCUCAGUUUCAGAAACGAAGACGGUCGCUCUCUCCUCCAUGUCUCAGCCUCCUUUGGUCAUACCGAGGUAGUCAAGUUGCUGUCAAGUGUAGAUGACUCAAAGACUGUAAUCAAUAGCAAGGAUGAUGAAGGCUGGGCUCCUCUACAUUCCGCUGCUAGCAUCGGCAAUGCUGAGCUCGUUCAAGUCUUAUUGACUAGAGGUGCUGAUGUCAAUGCCAAAAACAAUGGUGGUCGAGCUGCUCUUCACUAUGCUGCUAGCAAAGGAUGGUUGAAUAUCGCUCAGCUUUUACUUACACACGGCGCAAAGAUUAACAUAGCAGACAAGGUCGGUUGCACUCCUCUGCACAGGGCAGCAAGCACCGGAAAGUCAGAACUUUGUGAAUUCCUUAUCGAAGAAGGAGCAGAGAUCGAUGCUACGGAUAAAAUGGGCCAAACUCCACUCAUGCAUGCAGUGAUCUGCGAUGACACACAGGUCGCGUUUCUGCUUGUAAGACAUGGUGCAGAUGUGGAUGUAGAAGACAAGGAAGGCUACACCGUUCUAGGUCGAGCUUCCAGCAGUUUCCGACCAGCACUUAUCGAGGCUGCUAAAACCAUGCUUGAAGGAUAA